AUGUUUUUACCAACUAUUGAUCUUUCUGAACAAGAAAAAUUGUCCAAUGCUCAUUUUACUGAUCUUAUCAAAUCUCUCAAUUUACUUGGAGAUAUUAUCUUAAAUAUUCCCACUCUCGCUGACUCAUCUUUGGUAAAAAAAUUUCUUGAAACUCAUCCUAUAGAUUCAUAUUGGAUAAAUCCUAUUAAAGAACAAGAAUUUAUUGAUAAUGAUAGUAUAAUUCGUUUAUUGGAUCAAGGAACCGAAAAAUUUAUUAUUCCUUCUUCAAAAAUAUUAUCUUUAAAUUUUGAUUACAUACCAGCAGAUAGAUUAGCUAUCAGUAUAAAUUUAGAUCAAUCAAAAGAUAUUGAGGAAUUAAUUAAAAAAUUAACAGGAUCUGUUUCUGCGUAUUUAAUUACUUUACCAAUAAAUUCGUCGACAAAAUCUCUUUCCGAAGAUUUAAUUCAAAAUUUAAUUAAUUUGACUAAAUUGGCACAAAAAAGUUUAUUACCAUCUGGAGGCCAAACAAGAAUAGGAAUUAUUAUAGAUAACCAUAAUUCACCUUCAAUUGAAAUAAUUCAACAAUUGUCAGAAAUUUCCGCAGAUUUAGUUGUAGAUAUUGGAAGUCUUACUCUUGACCCUACAGAUAAAGGAUUGAUUAAUAUUUCAGAAUCAUUAAUCUGCACUUUGAAAACUGAUCGUUCUGAUGGGUUAUUCACGACAAUUGUUUCGGAUGAACGAGGUGAGGCAUUAGGGAUUGUAUAUUCUUCUGCUGAAAGUAUUCGAGAAGCACUUAAAACUAGAACGGGGAUAUAUCAGAGUAGAAAGCGAGGUUUGUGGCAUAAAGGUGCUACUUCAGGAGCAGUUCAAAAACUAAAUAAAGUUCAAGUUGAUUGUGAUGGUGACUCUCUCAGAUUUAUCGUAAAACAAUAUGGCCCAGGAUUCUGUCACUUGAAUACUCGUACAUGUUUUGGUAAUAGUAAAGGAUUAACAGCACUUGAACAAACUCUUCAAAAUCGAAAAGAAUCUGCACCUCCUGGGUCAUAUACAGCAAAGUUAUUCCAAAAUCCGGAUUUACUUCAUUCAAAGAUUAUGGAAGAAGCGGACGAGCUAUGUUCAGCUAAAACCAAAGAUGAAAUUGCUUGGGAAGCUGCUGAUUUAAUAUAUUUUGCACUUGUGAAAUGUAUAGCAAAUGAAGUGCCUUUAACGGAUAUUGAAUCGCAAUUGGAUAAGCGUUCGAAGAUAAUUACUCGUAGACCUGGGAAUGCUAAACCUAAAUGGGAUGUUACUUCAAAUGAGACAUUAUCAGUACAAAAUAAUGAGAAUAAGCAACAAGAAUCACAAACAAAACCAGUUUCCACUUCAUUAUCAACUAAGAGUGAGACAAUUAAAAUGCAGAAGUUUGAUUUAUCUGAGAUAAACGUUACGCAAAGGACAUCGCUUCUUCAGCGUCCAAUUAUUAAAUCUGAUGAUAUUAUGGCUAGAGUUCGUCCAAUUAUGGAUGAUGUUAGAAAAAAAGGUGACGCUGCACUCAUUAAACUCACAGAAAAAUUUGAUGGUGUAAAACUUGCAUCUCCUGUAAUUUCUGCUCCUUUCCCUCCAGAAGCUAUGGCGCUUGAUGAAUCAACACGUCUUGCCAUUGAUCGAGCUUAUGAUAAUAUUUAUAAAUUUCAUGAUGCGCAAUAUGACCGUUCCACUUUAGUUGUUGAGACCAUGCCAGGAGUUGUUUGUUCUCGAUUUAGUCGUCCAAUUGAACGUGUUGGAUUAUAUGUUCCUGGAGGAACUGCGAUUUUGCCUUCUACUGCACUCAUGUUGGGAAUUCCUGCUAAAGUUGCAGGUUGUAAACAAAUUGUAUUUGCAAGUCCACCACGUAAAGAUGGAACUGCUGUACCAGAAAUAUUAUAUGUUGCCCAUAAAGUUGGGGCAUCGAAAGUUGUAUUGGCUGGUGGUUCUCAAGCUGUAGCAGCUCUUGCUUAUGGCACUGAAUCUGUCCCUAAAGUAGAUAAAAUAUGUGGACCUGGAAAUCAAUACGUAACAGCUGCAAAGAUGGUCGUUCAGAAUGACAGUUCUGCUCUGACAUCUAUUGAUAUGCCAGCAGGACCUUCAGAAUUAUUGGUUAUAGCCGAUAAUACAAGCAAUCCAGCAUACGUUGCAUCGGAUUUAUUAUCACAAGCAGAACAUGGAGUAGAUUCUCAAGUAGUGUUGGUUGCUGUAUCACUUACGUCUGAACAUCUUGCAAAGAUUGAACACGAAAUUCAUGCACAAGCAAGUAUAUUGCCAAGAGUAAAUAUUGUUAGUCAAUCAAUUCCAAAAAGUUUUAUAUUGCAAGUAGAUACUUUGGAAGAUGCUGUAAAAUUCUCUAAUGAUUAUGCUCCUGAACAUUUGAUUUUGCAUCUGGAUAAAGCUGAAAGCUUGCUUGAAAAAAUUGAGAAUGCUGGAAGUGUUUUUGUUGGUCCUUAUUCUCCUGAGAGUUGUGGAGAUUACGCAUCUGGUACAAAUCAUACAUUACCUACAUACGGAUAUGCGAGAAUAUACUCCGGUGUAAAUACUUUGACGUUCUUAAAACAUAUCACUUCUCAACAAUUAACUAAAGAAGGAUUGCAUAACCUGGGAACUACCGUAAUGAGACUAGCAGAAGUUGAGGAAUUAGAAGCUCAUAGAAAUGCUGUUCAAAUUAGACUUAAAGAUAUGGAAGUUUAAUUAAUAAGAAUUCUUUAUUUGAUUUGAAAAGCUUGAAGUGUAAAAAAUAAAACCGUAAAUGAUUAUUUAUUUUAACACAAGUUUAGAACUUUUAAAUUAAUAAUUACAUCGUUUCUGUAUAUAGCUCUCAAAAUUUGUAUCCUUGUGAUAAUAAAAAUAGAGUAGUAAAAAAAAAAGAAAAAAUCGAUUUUUUAUUAAAGUAUAACCGGGCAUAUCGGUGAUUAUGUCCGAUCUGAAUAUAGAUCAUGUAAUUCGCAAUAUAAAUCAUGUAUCUGGUAUAAAGCUUUUACAUAUGCAUCCAUAAAUCUUCAACUCUAUUUAGCAUACUUGCAAAUUUGUAUCAAUAAUACUGAAUUUAGAUCCUUUAGAAUAGUUAUUUCCAAUU